UCCUCGGCGUGGCCACGCCCCCUUGGCGACGCUCCUCGGCCGCCAUUUCGCGUCGGCAUGGCGUCGGCGGAGGCCUCUUCCGAGGGCCUCUCCGAGACCGACAUCGAGCGGCAGCCCGCGGCCGCAGCGCAGAUGCUGACAGCAGCCUUGGAACAGAAGCCAGACCAUGCGGAAUAUUACCGCCAACGAGCUUAUGCCUACAUCUUUCUACAGAAUUACCACGAUGCAGUGGCUGAUGCCAAGAAGGCUUUAGCGCUUGAGCCUAAUAAUGCUGUAGCCUUCCUCAGGCAAGGAAUUGGUGAAUAUUAUAUGAAAAAUUACACUUCCGCCCUGAAGUCUUUCACUGAGGGACAAACUGAGGAUAGUGCUGAUUCCUCCUUUCCUGUCUGGAUUAAAAAAUGUGAAGAGGCCCUUAGUGCACCUGGAUCACAAGCAGAAAUGGAGUGGCCAUCUAAGAUCAAGUAUGACUGGUACCAAACCGAUUCUCAUGUCAUUGUAACCAUCAUGGUCAAAAAUGUGAAGCAAGUUGAUGUAAACAUAACAUUCUCGGAGAAAGAGCUAAACGCAUCAUUGAAACUUCCCUCCGAGGAGAACUACAAGCUAAAACUUCCUCUUCUUCAUUCCAUAGUCCCAGAACAAAGUUUAUUUAAAGUUCUUUCAACCAAGAUUGAGAUAAAAAUGAAGAAACCAGAAGCUGUACGAUGGGACAAAUUAGAAGGCCAAGAGAAGUCUGAUCUAAAAAAAGACACACCAGCUUCAAACCCCACCCAUGACUAUCCUUCGUCUUCCCACUACACGAAGAACUGGGAUAAAUUAGUGGGGGAAAUCAAGGAAGAAGAGAAGAAUGAAAAAUUGGAGGGCGACGCGGCUUUGAACAAACUUUUUCAGCAAAUCUAUUCCGAUGGCACAGAUGAAGUGAAACGUGCCAUGAACAAAUCCUUUAUGGAAUCGGGCGGGACGGUGUUGAGCACAAAUUGGUCUGACGUAGGUAAAAGAAAAGUAGAAGUCAAUCCUCCAGAAGACAUGGAAUGGAAGAAGUACUGAUCUUCUUUAUCAUGACUCGUGUAACAGUGUUCCAGAAGCCGUGAGGAUGGAGCCCUGAAUGCUGGUUUGAGAAGAUGGUUCCCCUUUUUGUAUCUUGACCUCCUGCAGCCAGACCUCUUCGUGAAGAUAUCUAAGAGCUGUAAUCAGGAAUGAAGAGCUCUUCCAGUGAAGGCAUCUUUUAAGGAUUCGAACCCAGUCCUUGGCUCGCUUGGUGAUGCAUUUGGAGAAUUAAGAAGGCGUUUAAUUGGACUAUUUAGGGUUAUUGCCUUAUUAAAUAACACUCGAUCCCUUUAAAAUAAUUUAUUUUGCUCUAGCGAUAUUGGGGUGAACGCACAUUUUGGCUGUAGUCUUUAAGAUUGUUUGGCUUAACGUUGCUUCCAAAUAAAAUUGUAAAUAGAUAGCUUUUA